AACAGCAGAGAAGAAGGAAAAAUGUCGCUGGCUCCGACGCCGACCGUUCUAGGAUCAGUGUCGUUUUAGGAAGCACCGCACGGCAGCUCGAAACUUCUUCUAUGAUGCUGCGCGAGGGAUUAUCAGCGUCAUGAAACAGGACAAAGGAAGUGAAAUGUUGUAGCCGGUUCCUUGUGGGAGGUUCUACCGUGACAAUAGAGGGAGUCAGCUUACGUUCCUCUGAUCAGGUCAGCUUCAACCAUUUAGGAACAGAGGCGUGUGCUGUAACACUACAUGGGCCUCUGAGGUAACCUGAACUGAUAAUUAACUCCUCCUGCAGACAGAAAGGUAAAAAAUUUCAAUAAAGACAUGGACCCGUCUACCAGGGUGGUGGGUCUGGACGCCCAGGGGAACAUGGUUUUCACUGUGGUCAAGCCGGUCAUGGGCAUUUUUCAGGUAGCUUCGGAUCAAGCCGGCAGCGUAGCACAAGGGGGAAUGAGCCUGCAGGGUUUAUCUGAAAACACAUUAGUCCUCCCUCAAGCACAAGGUCAGGCUCCACUGGACCAGAACCAGAUGGAAAUGCACAGCAUGCAGCCUCAUAUUCAGCCUCAGAUGCAGGUUUCUGGCCCGGUCCAGGCUGAGGACGUGUCCCAGAGCCAGGAGCUGCAGCCAAACUCAAGCACAAACUCAGAGUCCGGCAGCCAGAUGCCUUUUGCGGAGGUGUCGUCGCUCCUGGACCCCAACAUGAAAGGAUCGAAGGCUCGGAAGUAUCUCAUCUCCUAUGACGAAAUUAAACGGCGCCUGCAGGCCCCAGAGAAGAUGUCCCUGCGGUCCUUGGCGGCGUACACUCGGGUCAGCAGAGGCCCGGCCAGCAAGAAAACACUCCUGGAGUCGCUGAAUGUACUCGGCCUCACUCCAAGCACAACUACCUCCGUUUCCUCCUCGUUCUCCAAACUCACUGAAGGCGACACCAGAGCUCUGUGUGACGAUAUGAAGGACUUUGCCCAUGAUUACAUCGACUACGGCAACAUGGCGAAGCAGCUCAUCCCCGAGACGAAUACAGUCCAACACUGGUCCAAAAUUAUUGAGACUAAGAACCACCUUGAAGAUAUGAGGAAGUGUUUCAAGGACCCGACCAACAGCGGCGGCUUCGACAACGUCACUCACGGCCUCGGGCUUGGAAUGCUGGACGUCGCGCUGGACAUGAUCGUCAUGGUGAUCGAGCAGCAGAUUCGCAUCCUGUCCGGCGCGGCGGCAUCGGACCCGGCCGACUCGGGUCCGCCGAUGCGUCGCAUCCGCAGGCGCCACCGCAAAUCCCGCUCCACCGACAACGACAAGACUCCCAAAGUGGCCGGAGGCGUGAAAGAGCAGGGGAAGGUCAUUUCAAAAGGCAAGAGCCGAGCCAGAGCCCGGAAGAAGAUGAGACAGGAAAGCCCGGGUCCUGUGGAGGCCCAGGCAGAGCAGUGCAAGCCGGACGACGUGGAGGGGAACGUCCUCACCCUGGUCUCUGUGGGCUACGAGACCGUGUCCAGUGGCCUCAAUGCAGCUGGACCUGUUUGACAGCCAGUCACAAGACAUUUCUAAAGACCCAGAUCUGUUUAAACGGAUCCUCAGCGAUCGGACACAGGCUUCGUAUAAGCCGAGCUGCUGUGAAGGAGAAAGCAGUUGUGCUGAUCUCAGCAUCGCCGUGCUACGCCACAUGUUGGAGUUCAUCUUAAAGAAGUAGUCUCAUUCACAGAGAGUUGUGAUGUGCAGCUGGAGGAGGGGGUUAGCUUAAUGCAGCAUGAAGACUGGAAACAAGGGGAAAGUGUUGGCCCAGAUCCGUCCACAUUUAACAAUUUAAGUUCAUCAAAUAUUAUUUCUUAAAGCGACACAAAAACCAAAGUGUGAAAAUGACAAGUCGUGCUUUAUUUUGCGAUUGAGCGAUUAUCAGUUUAACCAAUUAUCAGAUUUGAUAUUCAGCAUUUUUCCAGUUUCAUAAUUUUUUUGACGGAUUCUUGAUAAAUUUUUUAAAAACUACUCUGUGGUGUCCAGCAGCUCCUCGCCUGCAGCGCUCUCUGAUUGGUCAGAACUCAUAAAUGUGAAACAGAAAUAAACAAGGCAUUUCAACAAAGUCUGUGUUAGAGUUUGUCUUGUCUGAAAAGUCAACCUCUAGUUUUACUGUGGGUUAUGUGACGAACUAUCUUUGGCUUUAAACAAGGUUUUGCAUUUAUGUUUUUACUCUAAUUAAGUAAACAGUCUGUGUUAGGGAUGCAUUAUGAUGUAAUUAGUCAGCUCAGAGGUUCUGGUCGAUGGAUUUUCUUUCCUUUGGACUGAUUUUUGAGAGCUGUUUCCAGUCUAUAUGCUAAGCUAGGCUAACCUGCUACAUGCCUGCUGUGGAUGUGAGAGGAGUCAGUCUUUUCAUCCAAGGCCCCUUUCAGACAUGCAAUCAUUAAUCUGGUUACUAGUCUGUAGGAUUCAUGACGGCGAUCUGACAUGAUCAGACCUCAUGAGGUUGAGACAGUCGCAUUAGGAGGCGUCAAGAGUUUGCUGCCAAAAUCACACAGUUACGGUUUAAAAUUUACAGUUAAAUCUAUUGGUACGUAGUAGAUACGCAUUGUGUCCCUACAGCUACUGCCCAGUGAAUACCGUGUGUGUGCUGUGACUCUUUGACAUUAAUGUUAGAUUUUGUCAACUCAAUCAAAGUGACGUAAUAGCAGAAUGCCAUCACUGUGACAGACCGAUGAAGCCAGGAAUGUUCCAUGUCUGAAAAGGGCUUAAAUCUGGGCAAGAAAGCCACUAAAGGUGGAGGAUGUGAUUCUAAAACCCCUUUUCUGGGAAACAAUAUGACACAAACCGAGACAACGCGACUGAAAAAACUGGAUGAAUUAACCACGUAAGACAACAAGACAAAAUUCAAAGACAAAUAGCUAAAACGAGACCACGACAUUCAUUCAAAAACACAAACUGGAACAAACCAAAACCAGAAACCAAAACCCCUUCUGGAAAACGAUACGACACCAACCGAGACAACGCAACAAAUAAAUGGAUUCAUCAACUACUGAAGAAAACAAAAAAGAAAAUAAGACAAACUUCGAAGGCGGAUGCCCAAAAAGAGACUCGAUCUCUAUUCAAGAGCACAAAUCAGAACAAACCCUAACCUAACGGAGAACAUCAGAAACCAAACCCCUGACUAACCAUGACAAUAAGGAACUAGAGAGUAACGACAACGUGCGAUGGCCGGUGCGUUUCUGUUAACUACCCACCCCAAACUGCCACGUGGACGGACACGGCAGGGGAAGAUAUCGAGAUAAAUUUUCAAAACCAAACCUAUUCUGUCUCUUUACAAUCCGCCAGCGGUCCAUUCUGUGAGGGCUGAAGAGUGUGGCACAUGCUAAGUAGCUAAGAUGCUAACUAGCUUAUUAUCAACCAGACUCACAGUUUCCACCUUUAAGUCUGUUUCUCUACAUCUCCAGCUGCUCCUUUAAGUGAAUUCUCCUCGUCUUUAGGAUCAGGUUUUGUAUGUACGCAGUCCAACUGAUUCAUCGAAUGAACUCGUAUAUGUAUAAAUGUCAACGUAUAUAUAACACUCAGAAAACCUUUCAUGCAGAGGUUCGGCCCGCAGCGUAGAACAGGUAACGUCUGGUUAUAUCAGGCAUGUACAUCUUCUGCAGGUGGUACAGUGUCUCUUGUUCCUCUGUUGUAUUUAUUGUUUAGAUUUACACCUUUACAUGUACUAGAACAAUGAAAAGAACAUUUUUACUGGAACCUAAAGCGUUGAGUAAAAUAUAAAGGUUUAGUUUUCAUAACUACUCUGCCUCUAUUUUUUCACUAUGAAUGUUGUGCCUAUAAAAGUAUUCACCCCGCU